UUAUCUUCCUUGUUCGACUCCUGAAACGUAACUAAACGCGUAUAAGCUCGCCAUAAAAAGUACACAAGCGGGCAGUAAUAUAAUUGCAAGUUAGAAACAGUGGAAACAUCGUCAUUAAAAAUGUAAUUACAUAAGGAUGUACCUACACUACUCGCGACGAUGCCGAGUUCAAGGUAAUCAAUCAAUUACAAAGUAACUCGUCGGUUAAAUGACACACGCUAUGACGUUUAGUGCCACCACAGCAUCUAUAUUUCAAUCCCAUGAAAUAAACGGAAGCUAGAAAUGCAGAAUAGGAAGAAACAAACGGCCACUCUAUGAUAGUGGUUUUUAAAAAUGUAACUUCUUGUAUCGUCGCAGCGCAGCAACGUCGAUAAUAACGAUAAUUACACGGGGGUGAAUUCCAAGAGGGAACUAUCCCAUUUAAGGCAGCGAAACAUUUCGUUUCCUUACGGUUAUUAGUAGCAUCUAAUGCUUCGAACGAUAGAUUUACUUCAAAGAUAAUCUUUAUUUUCAUAUUCUCAUGUUCAAUGUUACAUUUCAUUGGAAAUAAUUCUUAAUAGAAUAGAAGAAUAAUUCUUCUUUUGAACAAUUAAAAUAUAUCGUAAAAAAAUCCUGCUAGUGAUUAUUGCGAAAAUUGAUAGUGUAAGACCUAACCGUGCGAAAGGUACUUGAUCGUUCGAUCUUUCCUANAGACGAAGUGUUAAGUAAGACAAACUACACGGCAAAUAUUGAAAAUGCACGUACUACGAUGGACACUGAAGCUUUUCAUCGCCAGCGGAUAUUUUUUACCGCCCACAUUGAAGUCUCCGACGAAACGCUUUCUCUAUAAUUUAUAUACGGUCUUCGUGACGUUGUAUAUAUGGAGCUACUGCCUCACGCUAAUCAUGGACAUUUUCUACAACGUAAAAACGCAAGACGAUUUGAGUGAGAAUUUUAGCGUAACUGUCUCGAUACUUAUCACGGGUUACAAAUUUGUCAGCUUAGUCUUAGGGCGAAAAACUAUCAUAAAUAUGUUGGAUCUACUCAAGAAGAGACCCUUUGUGCCAGAGAACAAUGGGGAAGGAGAAAUUCACGCGAGAUACGACAAUCUAAUCGAAAAAGUCGCGGUGGGUUAUACGAUCCAAAUCACAUUUUGUGUGUUUUCUUUAUUAGGAGCGGCAUUGAUGGGUGAUUUUAAAUCAAAAAAAUUAAUGUUCCGCGCUUGGUUCCCUUUCGACAUCACCUCCUCGUGGUUUGUGUUUUCUAUGACGUUCAUCUAUCAGUUAGUGGGUUUAGUGAUCAUAUCCAAUGGUGUCUGUAUUUUCGACACGUUAUUCGCCGGCCUGUUGCUUCACAUCUGUUGUCAACUUGAGAUACUGGUUUAUCGCUUGCACAAUAUCGAAGGAAAUGAAAUUCAAUCGUUAAAACACUGCGUUUGGCACCACAAUAAAAUAUUCAGGUUUGUUUUCUGUGUGCUUCUAUUUAAACAAAUUAACGAACUGACGAAACUAAUGGAAGGUUACGAGAGAAACCGAAAUAAGUUGUUCGCCGAUAUAGUAAACGAUUUUUUUAACAAAUUAAUGUUUAUGCAAUUUGUGGAAAGCGCAAUCUCGAUCUGCUUUGUCCUUUAUCUACUAACAGACAUAGAAGACACUGCGCAAUUAAUAGGAUGGUCUACGUUCAUGUUUGCCGCCAUAUUUCAAACCUUUUACUUUUGUUGGUUCGGAGAUGUAGCGAAAGUAAAGAGCCUCGAUAUUUCUAAUAUGGUAUAUAAUAGCGACUGGCUAAAUUUGAGCAGCGACGCCAGGAAGAUGCUGGUGGUAAUCAUGGCACGUUCAUUGACGCCUGUUGAGAUUACAAGCGCCUAUAUUCUACCCAUGAACUUGGAAUCUUUCAAAGGUUUGAUGAAAGUUGCUUACUCGGCGUAUAACAUGCUGCUACGGAGUAAGUCAUCGAAGUAGAACACAUGCGGAGAAUAAGUUGUAUUAAUUCCUUCGUCACACAAUGGAAGAAUUAGGAUAGAGACAAUAGAAAACGAAUUAUUGAAACAGCGCAGUAUAUUAUGUACCAU